UCAUCUCAUCACAAUUAAAAAAAAUAUCUUCUUCUGUCACUUUUUACAAACUGAUCGGCUAAAUUUGUAUACCAUAAUAAGGCCCAUUUGAGUAGAGCCUCACAGAAGAACCAAAAUGGUCGUCACCAGCAGAGAUGAAGUUCCUGCAACGCUGAAGCCAGAGUAUAACAGAGCAAGUGAGUUGAAGGCUUUUGAUGACACAAAGCUCGGCGUUAAAGGACUUGUGGAUGCUGGGAUUACUGAGAUCCCUCGCAUAUUCCAUCACCCACCGGACACCUUGGACAAUUCAUCUUCCGGUGACACCCAGAUUAGUAAUAUUCCUGUCAUAGAUCUCCAAGGCAUCGACAAAGAUGCAAUAAAACGCAAGAAGAUUGUUGAAAGCAUUCGCGAUGCAUCGGAGACGUGGGGUUUCUUUCAGCUGGUCAAUCACGGGAUCCCUGUGAGCGUUCUGGAGGAGAUGAAGGAAGGGGUGCGUAGGUUUAAUGAGCAAGAUAAUCAGGUGAAGAAAGGGUUCUAUACGCGCGACCCCAUGAAACCGGUGGUGUAUAACAGCAACUUUGAUCUGUAUAGCGCUCCGGCGACUAAUUGGAGGGAUACAUUUUUUUGUCAAACGGCACCUAAUCCCCCAAAGCCAGAAGACUUGCCAGUUGCAUGCAGAGAUAUACUAGAGCAGUACUCGAAGCUGAUGAUGAAGGUGGGGAUUUUAUUGUUCGAGUUAUUAUCAGAGGCACUUGGGCUGAACCCAAAGCACCUAAAUGAGAUUGAUUGCAGUGAGGGGCUUGCGAUUCUGUGCCAUUACUAUCCGGCUUGCCCACAACCAGAGUUAACAUUGGGCACAACCAAGCAUGCAGACAAUGACUUCGUCAAUGUUCUUCUACAAGACCACAUUGGUGGCCUCCAAGUUUUUUACCAGGACAAGUGGGUCGACAUCCCUCCGGUGCCAGGGGCUCUAGUGGUUAACAUUGGAGAUCUUCUACAGCUUAUAACAAAUGACAGGUUUAAAAGUGUUGAACACAGAGUAUUGGCAAACCGGGUAGGGCCCCGAGUAUCUGUGGCGAGCUUCUUUUCCACAGCUGCUUUGCCAACCUCAAAACUUUACGGACCCAUCAAGGAAUUAUUAUCAAAAGACAAUCCUCCAAAGUACAGAGAAACCACAGUGAGUGACUAUGUUGCCUAUUACAGAAAGAAAGGCCUUGAUGGGACUUCUGCGCUACUGCAUUUUAAGCUCUAAACUCCGGUAAUAGAGUAUCGGAGAUGAAUAAAUGGCUUGUGAGUUGGAUUUACCAUAUGCUAAUGAAGCUUGUACUUGUAGUGAUGUUUAUGUGAAAAAUCAAAAUCUUUGCCAUUAUGUGUCCUUAAAUAAAUGGGUCUUAAAGUGAUGA